AUGGAUGCCAUUACGUGUGCUUACGCGCUCGGCAGCGACCCAGAUCUUGAAAAGCGCGUGAGAGAGGGCACCGUCGUCAUUGGCCGUGUCAACGUGUUUCGCAACUACAACACCAAUCUCUCGUUCGUGCGCAGCAGUCGGCUUCCGUGCGAUGUGGUGCUGAACUCCGCCGAGCUGCGCGGACCUGCGCUGCACUCUGAUGUGGUGGCAGUGGCACUCCUGCCGUUGACACAGUGGCAACUCGCGCCGACUGCAGCCAGCGCAGUGCCUGCCAGCAGCAACAGCAGCACCGAUGACGAGACCGACAACAGUCCGCAGGCGAUGCCGUCUACGCUGCCGGACGGUCGCCACAUCGCGCAGCUUAUAGCGCCCGAGACAACGGAAGAGCUCAUCCAGAACGCCUCUGCCGAGGUCUCCCUCGCCGCGCAGAUGGGCGCACCCUCUUUCUACGAAUGGCCACCAGAAAAGCGCCCGCUGGGCCGCGUCAUUCGAAUCCUGAAGCGCUGCCUGCCACGCCUUCACGUGGCCCGCAUUGCAGACAACCAGGUGCAGCCUGGCGAGCGGCUGCAGGAGAAGUACUACUACCGCUUCCGCCCCUUCAAUCAGCUGUACCCUCAGCUGACUCUGCAGGGGUGCGACAUCAUGGCUGCCUAUCAUGCACACAUCAACAUGUCGCUUUUUUCCUUGGCACUGGAGCGCGGUGGGAACGGUGAGAUCUUAACGACUCCGCGAGUGCCGAACGCCCUCUUGUGCAAAGUGCACAGCUUCCUCGGUGACGCCUCCACCAUGGCAGUGGCGAGCCACGCCAUCUGCACCAGCUGCAAUGUCUCGAACGAACCCUUUUCGGAGGAGGCCGAGGCGUGCGUGCUCAAGGAUUUCACGAUUCCCUCGGCAGCGGAACUGGUCGACAUGGGGCGGCGCGAUUUACGCGACUCAGAGUUCGUCUUGACGAUUGACCCCGCCACGGCGCGCGACCUGGACGACGCGCUGAGCAUCAAGCCGCGCAAAGAUGGCGGCUAUCAUGUCGGCGUGCACAUCGCGGAUGUGUCUCACUUUGUGUUGCCGAGGACGGCUCUCGACGAGGAGGCGCAGCGGCGCAGCAACUCAACUUACCUGGUGGACCGCGUGAUUCCCAUGCUGCCGUCCCGGCUGAGCGAGGAGUACUGUAGCUUGAACCCCGGCGAAGACAAGUUUGCCUUCUCUGGACUGUUCGAGUUCGACCGUGACGGGCAUCUCAUUUCCGAGGCAGCGACGGGGGAGAAGUGCGAGUGGUUCGGUCAGAGUGUCAUCCGCAGCCGGUGCAGACUGGCGUACGAGCAGGCGCAGCAGAUUCUCGACGGCGACGACACGGUGGUGCUCGACGUGGCGCAAGCAGCGGCGGACCUCGGCAUCGGCGAGGAGGCUGCCCGAAACAAGGUGAAGCAGAGUGUCGCGAACCUCUUCAAGCUCGCGAGCAAGCUUCGCCAGCAAUCACUGCGGGACGGGCGGGUGGUUAUUGGCAACACCCGCCUCGCCUUUCGAUUUGAGAGGAACGAGGUGAACUCGCCUCCGACCUCGUUCUUCGUGCAGGAGCAGAUUCAGGCCAACUGGCUCGUGGAGGAGUUCAUGUUGUUAGCGAAUCAACGCGUUGCACAGAAAAUUGUGCAGUUCAUCCCUUACGGGGCACUGCUGCGUCGGCACAAACCGCCGAAACCGCAGAAGAUGAGACGACUACGCGCGGCCCUGUCGCACCGCGGUCUCCCUACCGGCGGCAGCUCUGGACAGGAGCUGCAGCGGAUUAUCGACACCAUCAAGAAGGACCAUCGCGGAGACUUCCACACCGUGUGCGAGUUGCUCAAGUACUCCUUGAUGGCGGCCGAAUACAUUGCCAAUGACCCGACGGAGAAAGACAUCCGCUCCCACUUUGCCGUCGCGGCGCCGUGGUACACCCACUUUACGUCACCGAUUCGGCGUUACUGCGAUUUGAUGGUGCACCGCCAGCUGCGCGUCGCCCUGGAGCUGGAGCGUUGCAUGGAGGAAGCCCAGAUGGAGAUGCCGAACACGCCGCACCCGGCGGUGGAGACGAGGCCCGGGGAUGGCAUCUUCGACCCGACGUGUGCCGUGGAUGUCAACAAGCUGAAAACGCGAGAUCUUUUCUACCCUCACUCAGCACUGGAGCACAUCGUCACCCACGCCAACGAGUGCCGCUUGAACUCCCGCUCCGCCGGUGACAUGUCGUUGGAGUACUCUCUGUGCCUCUACCUGCUUGCACUGCAGAAGAGGGCCAAAGAGGACCCGACUCUGCCACAGCAGCUCUACACCACCGUCACCAUUGUCAAGAUCACGGAGGGCAGCUUCCUGCUAUACAGCGCGGAGCUUGCCUCUGUGGUGGAGAUAGGCUUCAACGAUACUCACCAGCGGUUCAGGUAUCAAGGGAUGUUUGUCACCGGCGACCUGGGCGCAAAGUCAGGGGUGCCAGAGACUCGGGCGGACACACAGGCAGCAGCGAAGCAGGCGAUCGACGCCAAAGCGAAGGCGCACGCACUCAAGAAGGGGGGCAAGAGCGACAUGCCACGCCGCGGCGCCGCAGAUGGCGAGCAAGGGCAGCGCCACUUUUUGGGCCAAGUGGGCACGGUAGUGCCUCAUUUUUCGUGGGGACCACACCCCGAGACGGGCGAGGAGGUGACGGAGGUGUUUGACCUCUUUACGGAGCUUGUCGCGCUGCUGGAGGUGACAGCGAAGCAGGGGCGACUGUCGUUGGGCAUGCAGUUGCUGCAGCCGUGGGAGCGGGAGGCGGCCCGCCGCGUCUGCCCCAAAGUGCCCACCUCGCUGGUCGAGGAGCAAUAG